AGUCAAGAAUGGGACAGGUUAGGGCAGGCCGGGUCGAUGAGAGUACCCAUGCCCGCCCCGCCCCGCCUACAGGACGGGUCAGACCUGCCCCAAAACAAGUCAAACAGAUCGUGUAAAACGAGUCAGAAUAUGCGCGGAAGCAAGUGUCAUUACAAUAAAAGAAAAACUAUCUGGUCAAUUGUUGUCAGUGACAUCACUGACAACUUACAGCCUAUUGGAUUCUCUCUGCUCCUCUCGCUCAAUAAUUGAAUGCAGCUGCUGACCAGUGGAGAUCAGAACUCCGCCACUCACUGCACGUGCGCCACGUGUAUUCCACCACCACGCCGGCUGGCAUUCACCGUGCCCUUCAUCGUCCACCGCCGGCGAGUCAACGCCAAACCGGACACUUCAGGAUCACACCGCCAUUUUUGUAACAUUUCAACCCUACCUAGUUAUGGUUCUUAGAAG